GAGCCAGAGCCAGAGCCAGAGCCAGAGCCAGAGCCAGAGCCAGAGCCAGAGCCAGAGCCAGAGCCAGAGCCAGAGCCAGAGCCAGAGCCAGAGCCAGAGCCAGAGCCAGAGCCAGAGCCAGAGCCAGAGCCAGAGCCAGAGCCAGAGCCAGAGCCAGAGCCAGAGCCAGAGCCAGAGCCAGAGCCAGAGCCAGAGCCAGAGCCAGAGCCAGAGCCAGAGCCAGAGCCAGAGCCAGAGCCAGAGCCAGAGCCAGAGCCAGAGCCAGAGCCAGAGCCAGAGCCAGAGCCAGAGCCAGAGCCAGAGCCAGAGCCAGAGCCAGAGCCAGAGCCAGAGCCAGAGCCAGAGCCAGAGCCAGAGCCAGAGCCAGAGCCAGAGCCAGAGCCAGAGCCAGAGCCAGAGCCAGAGCCAGAGCCAGAGCCAGAGCCAGAGCCAGAGCCAGAGCCAGAGCCAGAGCCAGAGCCAGAGCCAGAGCCAGAGCCAGAGCCAGAGCCAGAGCCAGAGCCAGAGCCAGAGCCAGAGCCAGAGCCAGAGCCAGAGCCAGAGCCAGAGCCAGAGCCAGAGCCAGAGCCAGAGCCAGAGCCAGAGCCAGAGCCAGAGCCAGAGCCAGAGCCAGAGCCAGAGCCAGAGCCAGAGCCAGAGCCAGAGCCAGAGCCAGAGCCAGAGCCAGAGCCAGAGCCAGAGCCAGAGCCAGAGCCAGAGCCAGAGCCAGAGCCAGAGCCAGAGCCAGAGCCAGAGCCAGAGCCAGAGCCAGAGCCAGAGCCAGAGCCAGAGCCAGAGCCAGAGCCAGAGCCAGAGCCAGAGCCAGAGCCAGAGCCAGAGCCAGAGCCAGAGCCAGAGCCAGAGCCAGAGCCAGAGCCAGAGCCAGAGCCAGAGCCAGAGCCAGAGCCAGAGCCAGAGCCAGAGCCAGAGCCAGAGCCAGAGCCAGAGCCAGAGCCAGAGCCAGAGCCAGAGCCAGAGCCAGAGCCAGAGCCAGAGCCAGAGCCAGAGCCAGAGCCAGAGCCAGAGCCAGAGCCAGAGCCAGAGCCAGAGCCAGAGCCAGAGCCAGAGCCAGAGCCAGAGCCAGAGCCAGAGCCAGAGCCAGAGCCAGAGCCAGAGCCAGAGCCA